UCUGGCCGUGAAGUGUUGCCGCCUGAGUUCAUGUGUCUGUGUUGCGUUCACGGACCGUUCUCCUACGCGCUGUGAUGACGACUAUAAACUUUAAGAGAAGUUGAAGCGUCGCAGUCGUUUCCAGCAGUGAUGCUUCGAUGGCAUUGGAUCAGAACCACCAGGCAGCUCGUCCUAGUGCGUUCCUGCAUGGCAGAAGCUCCUCCCCCGGACUACAGGGAACAGUAAUGUGAUUACUGCCAGCAGCGAUCUUUAUGCAUCAUCCAUUAUCAGAGAACAGAGCAGUGAGUCAUGAGACUCUGUGGGGAGAAGCACAGCGCUCACUUUGAAGUGAGACUUCGUCCAACAACCACCUGGAAGUCUCAGACCGGCUCCUGUGGAUCCCGUGGAGCCGUGGCGUGUCAGGAGUCUGAGGACGUGGUUGAAUCCACGUCUCCAAGUGGAUUAGCCCCGAAAGAGUCCGUUUAUUGCCCUGUGGACAGCGGCGGCUUUAAAGCACUCGCCAUCCCCUCCCCUUCAUUUUGGACCCCCCAUCAGAGAACAUGGACGCCUUCUAUGACCAGCAGGUCCCCUUCGUGGUUCCUCCCAGCCAGCAGGCGGCAGCCAUGGAGUCGUCUCCAAACCGGCCUGUGAGCGACAGGAAGAGGAAGUUUGUGGAGGCGGAGCUAACUCUGGACACGGAAGAACUCUUCCAGGACCUCAGCCAGCUGCAGGAGAUCUGGAUCGCUGAGGCCCACGUUCCGGAUGACGAGCAGUUUGUUCCAGACUUCCAGUCGGACAGCUUGAUGUUUCACGGCCCUCCUCCAGCCAAGAUUAAACGGGAGCUGACCCCCCCCAAAGAGCUGUCCCACUGUCUUCAGGACAGGACGCCCACCUCCUGCAAAGACAAGUGCCUCUACAGCCACAGUGCCUGCGACCGGAAGUUUAAGCCAUUGACCCCUCCCCUCACGCCUGCCUCCCCCUGUGAAGGCUCCAGUGGGGUGACAUCCCCCCGCUCUCACCCCCGUAUGCCCAGCUCAGCAGCAUGUCCACUUCAGCAGCAUCCAGAACCAGGGGCUCUGGUGACACACAGCCCCCCCUUCACGGUGCCCUGUCCCCCCAUCAGCCAGGAUGCUAGCAGCUUCACACCUGAGCACAGGUUCCAGAGACAGAUGUCGGAGCCCUGUCUGCCCGUCCCCCCCUCCCAGAGCCAGGCCCCGCCCCGCUUCCUGCCACAGCCCCCCAGCAGUAGCGCGGUACCGCGUGACGGCCGGCCUUCCUUUCACAGGCAGAUGUCCGAGCCGCUGGUGGCCGUGCCCCCCCGGGGUUUUAAGCAGGAGCUCAUCGACCCCCGAUACAACGAGCAGGGCAACCCCGUGCCCCCCCAGGGGGCAGCCUUUCACCCCAUGGCCAUCAAGCAGGAGCCCCGUGACUUCAGCUUCGACUCUGAAGUGCCGAACUGCCAGUCCUCGUUUGGCAGAGCGGGAAGCUUCUACCACAGCAGCCAUGACGGUUUCCCCUUCGACAGAGACGCCCCGAUGUACUUUGAUGACACCUGUGUGGUCCCUGAGAGGUUAGAAGCCAGAAUAAAGCAGGAGCCAGCGGUGUACCGGGACGGGCCCCCCUACCAACGCCGCGGCUCCCUGCAGCUCUGGCAGUUCCUGGUGACGCUGCUGGACGACCCCGCCAAUGCCUACUUCAUCGCCUGGACCGGCCGGGGCAUGGAGUUCAAGCUGAUUGAGCCUGAGGAGGUGGCGCGGCGCUGGGGCAUCCAGAAGAACCGUCCAGCCAUGAACUACGACAAGCUGAGCCGCUCGCUGCGCUACUACUACGAGAAGGGCAUCAUGCAGAAGGUGGGGCCGCCGCCCUCAAGUCCUGCCCUUUCCCUCUGGGGGGGUUCUGACAGAGUCUGUCUUUCUCAGGUCGCUGGUGAGAGGUACGUGUACAAGUUUGUGUGCGACCCCGAGGCACUGUUCUCCAUGGCCUUCCCGGACAACCAGAGGCCCAGCCUGAAGGUGGACCCGGACGGUGUGCCGGUCCUGGACGACGACACGCUGCCCCUCACCCACUACGAGGACACCGCCCCCUUCCUGCUGGACGCCGCAGAGCAGUGCGCGGGCCAGCUUCUGUCUGACGGCUUCUGCUACUGAGCCGCUGCGGACGCGCACACGUGUACGCACCCGUGCACGCACACGUGCACACACUCCUCGCCGCCUUCUGCGGAGCUGCACAGGGACAGCCGGCUGAGCUCCCGGAGGAGGUGCCGAAGCCGCUCCUCUGCUCUGGGGAGGGGCCUGCAAACCCUGAGAGGGGGAACUGGACUCCACAUCCUCUCUGAGCAAGAAGCAAAGAGCUGCUGUUGCCGUGGAAACCCAAACAAGCGAGGUCUCGCAGCAUCAGCUUUUAGUGGACAGACGGCCCCCGUACCUGACUGGUUCAGUGACAAUCUGCCUUUGUUAGAAACACUGGAAUUUUUCUGAGGGGGCGGAGUUUCCCUUUGUGGUCACACUGUUUCCACGCCACGACCGAACGAUGACAUCAUGAAGGCCUUCCCCCCACUCGUCAGGUCCUGAUGUUUGUGUUUCAGGCAGUUCUGGGGGGGCGCUCUCACCCCCCCCCACACACACACUGUCUUUUUUAACAUUAACGCAUGAUGUGGGCUCUCCCCCCACCCCCACCUGCUGGGUCAACAAGCACUCCUGUUAAAUUGGGGGCGGGGUUACCUGCAUGAAUGUUGCAUCCUCUUCUGCCUGCAUGGUUCUGUCAUGGUUCUGUUCGGUCCAAACUUGUCUCCUACAAAGUCUAUUUUUGCUACCAGGCUGCAUUUGUUCUGGUUCUGGCCCCCCCCUCACCUGGACCAUGAGCCAGGAUGAUGUCAUGUGAGGCUUCAGCCCCUCCCCCGUGGUCACCUCAUGAAAAUCUGUACAAUAAAUAGUCCUUCAGGAUUUUGCUGUGCUUCAUCCUCCUCCUGCUGUGGGGGGGUCGCAGCCUGACUGCCCUCAUUUCUGAGUCACAUGCUCCCCCCAACUGUCAAUCAUCACUGGAAGAAUCCAGAAGGAAGGCGGGAUUCAAAAAAUCCGACUAGAUUUCUGCCAGAAGAUCUGAUUUCAGUUCCUGAAAUUGACGGAUCCGUUUUGAUCGAUUCUGGUUCCUCAGUAAGAAUUUCAGAUUUUCCCCUUUGGACAAAAAGUCUGAUGAAAGAACCGAGUCCAGACGGGUCCAGCAGGAAUUCUGAUGACACUCUACUUUGAAACGUUGCCGCCUUGUCCUGACACAACCAGAAACUGCUGACACUGCAUGGGGGGGUAACAUGAGAUCCUGAGGUUUUAGAGCCGUGUGCUGCUGGAAGAAGUCCAACAAGUCGGUACUGAACGGCUCCAAAUGAGGUCAUGAAGUCCAGAUGAGGUUCUGGUUCCACACAGAUUGUGGUUUUUCAGUGGGAUGAUGCUGCCGUGCCACAGCGAGUUUACUGUUGACCCCCACAGCUGACCCCAUCGUUUAUUGGCCAGCGCUGGGACAGACGUUUGGCGUUAGUUUGGGAGGAAACGGUAACCUGCUGUUCCAGUCAGUCCACCUUUUUCUUCGUUUAAACCUCAAACUGUUUCAGAUUUCACAGAGACCUGGAUUGGUAUCUUCCAAAAUAUCUGAUCAUAUUAAUAAAAUGCUUCAAUACCGAUGAAAAGCUUUAACAAUAUUAAUGUUGUUCAAUAAAUCAAACCAAACAAAAAUGAUCCAUCUGAUUCAUUAAUCUGUCAGAAUGAUCAAUCAAUGAUUGAGGAAAAAAAGAUCAUCUGGAUGUUCAACCAAAGUCCUGCUUGAUUUUCUGUGACAUCCUUUUAACCACAUGUACAAAUGCUAAUAAAUAUCAUCAGCCACACUA